GAAGAGACUCUGUUCUAACUAACGCACCUUCCAUCCUGGCUCUCCGGCUAUGCACCUGCAACCUCUCCUUGCAGUCCUCUUCCUCCUCCUCCUUCUUCUGUCCUCCACACCAUCGGUCGGACAGCGGUAUAUCGCGCACUGAGCAGCGGGAGUGCGCAAGGCGGAUGGCAGGCAUGCACCUGGAGAGAAACCGCCCCGCCAAGCCGUCCAAGGGCUCAGCCGGAGACACAACAGCAUGCAGACCGAUGCUCUAACAGCAGGGAUAAAGCAGCAGAGCACCGGGCGGAUAUCAGAGCUGCAGCAUGGGCGUGGGAGAGAGGCACAGCCUAUAUGAGAGCGAUGUGAUUCCGCGGACAUAAGAAGGGUGGGUGGGGGGAACCUAAGUAGCGUUUGGAUCAGAGUUGUCCGGGGUGUAUUUUUGGAGGUUUGGUUUGUUGUCUUGUUCUUUGAAAUUCACCAAACACAGUACUUUUUUUCUGUCAACCUCCACUGGAGAUUUAAAGGAUGGAGAAAGGCGCACAGCAGCAGCACCCGCAGCUGUCCAAAAGCGCAGAGUGUCCGGCGGAGGACAUCUCCAAAAUAAACGAUGAGGAGCUGCUGAAGUGGGGCAAAGAGGAGCUGGUGCGGCGGCUGCGGAGGUCAGAGGCAGAGAAGAGGGGCGUCAUCGUGGAGCAUGGCAAUCUGAUGCGGGAGGUGAACCGGAGACUCCAGCAGCACCUGAACGAAAUACGGAGUUUGAAGGACGUGAACCAGAAACUGCAGGAGGACAACCAGGAGCUGCGGGACCUAUGCUGCUUCCUGGACGACGAUCGGCAGAAGGGGAAGCGGGUGUCACGGGAGUGGCAGCGCCUCGGCCGCUACAGCGCCGGUCUGAUGAGGAAGGAGGUGGCCAUAUACCUGCAGAAGCUGAAGGAGCUAGAGCAGCGGCAGGUGGAGGUUAUCCGUGAGAACCUGGAGCUCAAAGAGGUGUGCCUCAUGCUGGAGGAGGAGAGGGCUGUGGCUGUCGGGGGAGGAGGUGGAAGUGUGGGUGGGCAGGGAGGGCCCGGCCGCAGGAGCUCCAUCGACAGUCAGAGCAGCUUGUCUCAGCUGGGUGGAGGUGUCCCAGCACCGGGCCUGCUGCGGGACGUUGGUGAUGGGAGCAGCACCUCCAGUGCAGGGAGUACGGAUAGCCCUGAUAACCCCCACCUCAAACCCCCUCCCGUGGGCUCCAACGGCAGUCCUGGACCUGGGUCAAGACCAGAAAAUGUGUGUGAAUCAACUGGGAGAAGACACAGUUCCACACCAGAGUACCACACAUUCCCCCAGUCCUGCCGCCCCCGUGGGGGGUCCCUUACAAAUCUGGACCCUCGUGGCCUUCGGGGACACAGCCCAGAGAAACACAGCAAGUCACCUACCAGGCUACCAUGUGACUCCCACCCAAAACCCUGCAGCUCUGACCUACUAGCCCAGAAACAGCUAUUGAUGUCAGGUCAGGCAUCACCAGGCUGUGGGAAGGGCUCUGCCAAGUCCAGCCCAGAGCUGAGUCAGAGACACCGGGCCAUUCACACAGCGAGUCUGGGCUGUGGGAGUCCUGAGGCAAAGCAGGCUGUGAUGGGGACACCUGAGCACCUGAGGAAAGGCAGGGUGAUUGUGGGUAGUCCAGAGUCUAUACGGCGCCACCAUCACUAUCAGCACGGGGUGGAGCACGGCAAAGGGAGGUAUAGCAGUGGCUCUCCUGGCAGGGAUGGGAGUCAGAGGAGGGCAGCUGGAGAGGAGAUGUCCCCCCACCAUCAGAGUCUGUACAACGGUAGGCACAGGGGACCGCCUCAACUCCCUUCAACCAUCUUUUGA